CCCCAAAAUGUCCAUAAUAGUAAUAUUAUAUAUACAUUCAACAUAAUCACCACAUAUAUAAAGGUGAGAGAAUAAAUACAUUGCCUCUUAGAUCAAAUCAAUCAUAGCUAUUCAUAAUGGCUUUGCAUUUUUACCUCUCAAUUCUUUCUUUUGCAGCUUUGGCUCUUUGCAGUUCAGCAGAUUACAGUUCUGUUAAUUUUAGUUAUAUUGGUCCAAAUGGUCCUGACAAAUGGGGAAGUUUGAGUCCAGCUUAUGCAGCAUGUUCAAAUGGGAAAAUUCAGAGUCCUGUGGAUCUUGUGUACUCAGAUAUUGUUUUGAACAAUCAAUUGGAAUCAUUAGAUAGAAACUAUGUUCCAACAAAUGCUACACUGGUUAACAACCAAUUCAAUAUUGGGGUGCAUUUUGAAGGAAAAGUGGGAGAUAUUCAUAUUAAUGGAAAAAAUUACUCAUUAAAACAACUUCACUGGCAUGCUCCUGCAGAGCACCGGGCUCAUGGCCGUAUACAUGAUGCAGAGCUCCACUUAGUUCACCUAACUGAAGACAACAACAACAUAGCAGUUGUAGCAUCACUCUACAAUUUGGGUGAUCCUGAUCCUCUUAUCUCCAAGAUUGAGGACAAGUUGAAGGAGCUAAAAAAUCAGAGCCGUACAGGAAACAAAAAUGCCAAAAUUGCCCUUGGCACAUUUGAUGUAGAAGAAAUAAAUAAAAAGAUCCAUAGAUAUUAUAGAUAUGUUGGAUCUCUUACUACACCUCCAUGCACACAAGGUGUCAUUUGGAACAUCGUCGGAAAGGUGAGAACAUUGUCCAAGAAACAACUUGAACUUCUAAAGGCACCAUUGAGUGUGGAUUUUUUCCAUAAUGCAAGGCCACUUCAACCAUUGAAUGGUCGAAAAAUUGAGAUGUAUCACUAUCACCCUAACCAAAAGCAUGAGACUCAAACACCUUGAACCAAAUAUCAUUACAAGAUUUUCUGAAGAUGACUUUACCUUUGAGGAAAGUAAUGUAAGCAUCAUAAAAGUGAUGUAGGCAUCAUAAAAUUGGGAGUUAUUUAUUCUUCUAAGAGCACUUUCUUAGGAUUGAGAUCAAAGUAUUCUGUGUUUGGUCUUAAUCAAUGCAUUAUUGACAUUUCUUAUUCCUCGUAUGAUAAGAAUUUAUAAUAAAUUUAGAAAACUCUCAAACUAAUUGUAUUCUAUUUACUAAAAUAAUUAUAUUAAUUUCUCCGUUAAA